AUGCCCUCGCAGCCUCCCAAGGCCAACAGACCCCAUGCCAUCCAUCGCCCUUCAAGUAUCCCCGACACCAGUGACUUCCACAGUCACCAGACACGAUGCGCAAGCGACGAAGACGACGACGACGACCACGGCCCGAGAAUGAUUCACGAGUCCCCAGCGAUAAACGACGCCCUAAGCAAGCUAACACCAGCGACGCAAGUGCCCUCCACCAACGAGCGAACAAACGACCAAAAGGCGAGAGCGACCGACGACUACAGUGAACGAUGA